CCGCUGCGGAGCCCGGGCCCAUCGUCGGCCCGGGUGCCCACAGCUGGCCACUCUAGAGGGGGCGCCCCGAGCCCGGGAGCGCGGAGGACAAUGAGACUCCGUGCGUACUUCUAAAAACAAAAAAAAAACUGGAGGACGUGCCAGCUAGAGUGGUUGGAAGUGAUGGGGUUAACCUGGGAGAGCUUCGCGGAGGAGAUCAUGGCUCACGUGGACAAAGCAGCCCGCCCGUUGUCCAAAACUGGAUCAACCCUCUAUGCAGUGCUGGAACUUAAGAAGGGUGCUUCACCUGAAGACGUCAAAAAGGCCUACAGCCAUUCCCAUCCUCUCCCACCCUCCUUUGGGUAUUGCUUGGGUAGGAGACUGGCCUUGAAGUAUCAUCCAGACAAGAAUCCAGGGGACCCUCAAGCAGCAGAAAUAUUCAAGGAGAUCAACACAGCCCACUCCGUACUGAGUGACCCUAAGAAGCGGCAAAUUUACGACCGGCAUGGCUCAUUGGGAAUAUAUAUAUACGACCACUUUGGCGAAGAAGGCGUCACAUACUAUUUUACGCUGAAUAGCUGUUGGUUCAAGAUGCUUGUCCUCCUGUGUGCUCUGCUUACCUGUUGCUGUUGCUGCUGCUGCUGCUGCUUUUGCUGUGGAACACUUAAGCCACCACCCGAGGAAGCAGCUAAGAAAAAAUAUGAGCCGAAUGUCCAGAAUCAGCCUCCAAGGCCAGGUGCUGACCCAGUGAGGGUGACUUCUGCUGCCCAGUCCGCUGGACUCGGUGAAGAGAAGAGCAAGUAGCCCUGUCCUGACAUUGACCCUGAUUUUCCCCUCUACUUGUAAGACUCCCAU